AAUGCGCUCAUGCUACUGUUGCUAGCGAACGGACGGAAACAUGGACGACCAGCGGGAUGUUCAAACCUCCAAACGAAACGGUAGCUCCAGGUCGGUUUUAUCGGCCGGUUCCGCUGUGGCUAUGGAGAUUAAACGGAAGAAAAUACGACAGAGUACAUUAUUCCUGCAAACUGAGAACACCAACAUCCAAGAAAAGCUUGACUUUGAGAUGCGAAUGCGGGAGGGAGCCUACAAGCUGCUUCUCGCCUGCAGUAAGAGAGAACAGGUUCUUAAUGCCUCCAAGAACCUGCUGACCUGUAACGCCAGGAUCAAGACUUAUGUCUCACAGCUGCAGAGGAAGAAAGGGGAGCAGGACAUGGGGGGAGCCAUGAGAUUUUCAGAUCCAGUUUCAGAUGACCAUGUGCCCUGCAAUGGGACAAUUGCAAUGUCUGGGCUGCGCCUUCCUUUGAUGUGGAGGGAUUCAGCCUACUUUAACAACAGAGGGAGCUCCCGUCGAGUGGCGUUGUUCUGUCUGAUGCAGAUGGGCUCAGAGGUGUUUGCCACAGAAAUGAUAGUGGUGGACAGAUCAGUCACUGACAUCUGCUUUGAGGGAGUCACUGUCUUUAAAGAUGCAGAUCCUCAGUUUGAGCUGAAGGUGGAGCUGUGGAGCUGUGCCCUGGAGGAUGAGCUCACCAUGGUGAAUACGCCAAAGAAACUGGCCAAGAAGCUCCGCAACUCCUUUGGAAAGACAGCUGGGAAGAAGCUCUGCCCUCUGCUGGACAGCCCCGACCCUGACACCUUCCUGCAGUACAACCCCAUUCCCCCUGGAGCCAAGUACAGCCUGCUGGCCUACACCACGCUGUGUCUGCCUGACGCUGAAGGCAGCUUCCAGUCACACUCCCUCAUCGUCCUCCAAGGCGACGAGUCGUCGUCAUGGCUUCCACUUUAUGGCAACCUCUGCUGCCGGGUGGUGGCCCAGCCUUCCUGCAUGACACAGAGCAUGAUGAGCGGCUACCUAAACCAGAAGCUAAGUGUGGAGGGGAUGUACCACUGCUGCAGUCUCUACUGUGUCCUCAGUGCGGGGGUUCUGUCCUGUUACUUCACCCCGGAAGAAAUUGAUGCUAAAGUGCAGCCCUCUCUCAAAGUGCCCGUUAACAAGGACACUCGAGUCCGUGUGAUGGAAAAAGAGUCAUCAGGACAUAAGUCCAGGAGCCUGUCCAUCAGCAACCCCUCACCAGAGGGCUCUGAGACCAUCGUCUUCACGACGGAAACCAGAGAGGAGCUGGAGGACUGGCUGGACGCCCUGCACCAGCACCUCUACGACCAGGGUGAGUGUGUUUCUCUGUAA